AACGAAAACUUCUGUAGAUAUAAAAUUGGUUUUGAUUGAUUAACGAGGAUUAUUGUCUUUAUUAAUUUGGUCGCCUGAACUAAGUAAGACAUCAUGCGACAAUCUAAAGUGGGUAAAGCGAUCCAGCAGUAUUUCAGAAACACGACCCUGCACGGUUUCAAAUAUUUGAGCUCCGUACACUGUGUUGAUCGCGUGGUGUGGGUGGUGUGGUGCUGCGCGAGCGCGUGGUGCGCGGGCAGCCUGUGCGUGGUGCUGUGGCGGCGCUACCUGCAGGUGCCGGCGCUGCUCGUGCUCUGCGACGACGACGCGCGCACGCUCUCCUACUCGCGCCAGGGCGUGCCCACCGUGGCCGUCUGUCUACCUCCCGAUGUAGUCGCUAAAAUGUUCCUGCAUAAACUGUCAUCAAACACGACGCAAACAGAACAGAUACCCUCAUCAUUGGCGCGGGUUCUAGAUGGAAAAUCCACAUUAUCAGGUCAACUAGAAAUACUGGACGAUCUCCUGGCUUCAUGUAAUACGACUCUAGCUGAUAUGAUGAUGAGCCAUGCUCCCAAUUGUGAUGAGGAUAUGAUUAUCAAGUGCAGGUAUCAGAAGAGAAUGGUGCCGUGCCAACAACUGUUUGAGAAGAGACUCACAUAUUGGGGAGUGUGCUGUGUCAUGAGACCAGAUAAAUUACUCCCAAAGUUCAACACGGGUCUGGUGAGCAAGUCUCACACGAUGCAGUCCUUGGAAUUAGUGCUGCAGUGCAAGCGUGGCUUUUAUCCCACCGUUUGCCAGUUUCUAACGUAUUACAAAGGCGAGGAGUGGGUGCAGCCAAUUAUUCUGCACCCUAGGCACUACUACAUGGCGCACUUGGUGUUCACACUCAUACCUGAUGAGUCGACCAGCCUCGUGGAGACCGCCUGUUCACAUGACCCCAACUACUCGAGGACUCGUUGUAUUUUGCAUUGUGCAGAGAAAUCCUGUGGGUGUCGUGAUCCUCUGUAUAUCAAUCGAAACAGCGACACAGACUUGCCUGUUUGUUCCACCGCGAGACUCAUCUGCUUGAGGUCUUUUGAUCGUAUGCAACAUGAAAAAAUAUCCUGCAACUGUCUCCCGCCUUGUAGAAAGAUAACAACUACAACGGUACUAGAGUCGAGUAAAAUGAACCAGAUCAACAAUACUAUCGAUAAUUUAUUCUCUGGAAUCGAUGUAGCGCGUUCUCUAGUAAUGAACUUGAGAGUAAACCUACACCAUUCACAAGUAUUUCUAUUGAACCCUACUGAAACAUGGGUCACCUUACUAUCAUCCUUAGGAGGUGUAUUCAACAUGUUCCUGGGUGUCGGAUUGUUCAGCGCCUUAGAGUUGAUAUAUUUUCUUAUGAUAAAACUACCAGUGGCAAUAAGGAAGUCUUCUGAAGUCGAUCACACUAAUAAGUAUACUACGCCAGUUACUAUGCGGUAAAUUAUUGGAAACCAGCGCUAUAUUACUUAGCUUACGUUGAAUAUAAUAAUCAUGUAAUUUAAAGAAGCGUUAUAUUAUUUUUGAAAUAAAUAAAUGUUCUCAAGAUUA